AUCCGACUGUCAUUGCAUCAAGCAACCGCUUCAAAAGUUUUGAGACUCUUCAUUAAAAAUAAAAUAUUUCAACAACAGUUAAUAAACAAAACUAAAACAGUUUAUUCAAAAUGUCUGAGGAAAAGAAAGAAAAACAGGGAGGAGAAAGUGAGCACAUCAACUUAAAAGUGCUUGGACAAGACAAUGCAGUUGUUCAGUUUAAAAUCAAACGUCACACACCACUCCGCAAGCUCAUGAAUGCUUAUUGUGAUCGAGCUGGCUUGUCAAUGCAAGUAGUCCGAUUCCGUUUCGAUGGCUCACCAAUUAAUGAGAAUGAUACACCAACAUCACUUGAGAUGGAAGAAGGAGAUACGAUCGAAGUUUAUCAACAACAGACUGGCGGUGGUUCUGUUAUAAAUUAAGCAGAUAAGGGGUCAAGAUGUGGUGACUGUGUGAUGCUGAAGUAAAUCAUUUCUAAACGAUUCCACCAUAUAAAAACGAAAAAAAUUUAACAAAAUAUCUCCAUUUAAAGCAACAAGAGGAUAAAACUUCAUCAUCGACAUCGCUGGCAUCCUUUUCUUUUUUUUGGAUUACUCUUAAUAAAAUUCAUAAAGUUAAUUUAUCAACAAAGGUGUGAAAAAGAAAAUUUUUGAUUGCGUGACAUUUUUCUGAAAAUGUUUUAAAGCAUUUUCAUCUCGCAAAAGGAAAUUUUCAAGGAUUUCAACUUAUGUUUCGUUAAGACAAUUUUUGCAAACCGUAUCAAAAAUUAUCCACCAGUUUUUUUCUCUCUCAAAAAAAUAAGAAGUAAAGAAAAAAUGCAAAAAAAGAAAUAAUUUUUAUAUACGGGAAUCACCUAUAAUUAACAUGUAAUAUCCUCUUUUUGUUUUAUUAUAAUUUAAACUUAAAAUAAACUAAGAAAACUACCUAGAGUCUUGGAUAAGCAGAAAAAAGUUCUUUUAUUUGAAUCCAAAUAUCUAAUUGAUUAUCAUCAUUGCAUAUGAAUAACUUUUUCCUUCAAGCUUGUAAGAUUUUCCUGAACUUAUUUUUGUCUCAAAACGAAGAAACAAAAUGAGAAGAAAAUAAAAAGUAAAAGUUAGGAAGA